GACUAAAACAGACUAAAAUUAAAUAUAUUCUGAACGAAUUUUUGUUUUCCAGUAUUUUGUGAUUGAACGGAAAAAAUGGUUUUGAUUACAAAGAAACCGAAAACCUUUGAGGUUCAAUUCAGUGAUCCCAGCAAAGCUUAUUACAGCAGUGGAGACAAGGUGGCCGGGAAAAUCGUAAUUGAGGUGACGGAAGUGACUAAAGUAUCAGCAAUACGAAUUUACGGAAUCGGCUGCGCAAAAGUGGAAUAUAUCAAGGGAAAGCAACGAUGUCGAAAGGAAAUAGAUUAUCUUAAAUAUGAAGACGUUAUUUCAUUAGACCACCUGCCAACUGAUCAAGAUGGCUGUGUUAUCCUGAGGCCUGGUAACAAGUAUGAAUACAUGUUUGGAUUUGAGCUUCCACAGCCAGGGCAACUCGUGUCCUCUUACAAGGGGAAGUUUGGUUGUGUAGAGUACUAUGUCAAAGCAGUGAUGGAGAGGGCCUCUCAGUCAGCACUAGAGUGCAAGCAGCAUUUUGAGGUGGUGGAACCUUUGGAUGUGAACACCCCUGACCUCAUGGCUCCUGCUGCUGGCACAAAGGAGAAGAAAGUCACCUGUAUGUUUAUACCUGAUGGCAAAGUGUCCAUCACUGCUAAGAUUGAUCGUAAAGGCUACUGUGAGGGAGAAGACAUUACCAUUAGUGCCAAAUUUGAGAACCAAUGCUCGCGCAUCAUUGUCCCAAAAGCGGCCAUCGUUGCAAAACACACUUACAGGGCCAAUGGACACACCAAGGUUUUACGGGAGAAGCUGUGUGCUGUGAGAGGUGACCAUGUCAUUUCGGGCAUGUAUGGCGUAUGGCAGGGGAAGAGUCUUCAUGUACCUAAGCUCAAACCCACCAUUCUGGGCUGUGAUAUUAUCCAUGUGGACUACACUCUUAUGGUCUAUGUCCACAUUCCUGGAAGUGAUAAACUGAUUUUGGAGUUGCCACUGGUCAUUGGGACCAUCCCUUUCAAUGGGUUUGGUAGCAGGACCAGUAGUGUGAGUAGCCAGGAAGGAAGCAUGUCCAACAGCAGCGGGGUGUCUGUACCCUCAUCUCCCCCAAGUUAUAGUGAGUUCCCUCAGGACAACUACACUGAUAACCCCUUUGCUCCACUGCUGGAUGACUUUGAUGAGGAUGACAGUCCUAUCUGCAUGCAUACUCCCGGGCUCUACCUGCCACCGCCCCCUGCUUACACAGAGGUGGAUGAAGAAAACCACAGCAGCCCCAUCGUAAUGCAAUUCAGCUGAAGAGCUUCAGCUGCUUGUAGUUUGUUGGGAAUUCUAAAACAGGAGGAUUAGAGAAUCAGCGUUGACUGCAAUAUGAAGACAAGUCCUUGGAAGUGCAUUGGAUGUCAAGGAAAGACUGAUGUUCCAAGAAUUGUGGGCAGGAAAAGUUUUCUUUUUUCCUGGUAUUGAAUUGCAGAGAAGUGUUGCUUGAAGUAGGAGAACUCUUACUAUAGUCUUAGUAAGUCAUGUUGAUUGAAGAUGUCUGAGUUGGUUUAGCUAAGAUUCAGCCCCUUGGGGAUAAUUACAUUCUUAUAGUCAGCCUUUGUUUUGCUUAAAUAUUGGCUGGGAUAUCCUCAGUAAAAAGACAUCUGGGAAGUAUUUUCAGAUUAAAGCUGGGCUUUGCCAUAUUGGUGUAAUAUUCAGUCUCUGUAUCCCACAGGAAGUCAUGUUGUCAUUCCAUCUCAGGUGUUCACUCAAGAGCUUUUUUAAGAGCACUAUUGUUCUGCCUGGUUUUUAGGGAUACACU